AUGACGACGUCGCAGCUCCGGUACGAGUACGGGCAGCGCGACAUAUCGCUGCAGUACGCCCAGCUGGCCUACUCGUCCAACUGCCCGCGCGGCAUCUACGUGCAGCUCGACGACGACGACACGCACCUCUGGCACGCCGUCGUCUUUCUCGACGCGGGCCCCUUUUGCGGCGGCGUGUUCCGCUUCGACGUCGUCUUCCCGCCCGCCUACCCGCUCGCCACCCCGCAGGUCUUCUUCCCGCCGACGCUGCUCCACCCGCUCGUCGAGCCCAACUCGGGCCGCAUGAGCCUCACCACCCGCUUCCCCACCUGGAAACCGCGCAGCGACUUUGCAACGGAUCUGCUCUACUUUGUCAGGGAUGCUUUUAUGGAUCACACCCUCGAGGGUCUGAGGGAAGGGAUGGUGGCCAAUCUCGAGGUCUUUCGAAUGUACCGGGACCACCGCACGCUCUUUAACAAGCUGGCGCUCCAAUCCGUCGCCCUCUCUACAUCGCCCUCGAGCCUCUACGACCAGUCGGGCGGUAGCGGCUUCCCGAAUCCAAGCGUCGGUCUCGGCGCCUCGGACGCGCCCGCGGUGCUGCAGACGAAUGGCAAACGCGGCGGCAUCGAAGAGGCCAACGGCAUGCUCUUCGAGGAGCUCACCGACGAAGACAUGCAGCGUCUCCGCGCCGAGAUCUUUGGCGAGGCCUGA